AGCAUGGGGUAGGGCAAGUCCUGUACCACUGCAGACUCCGUCGACUCAAGGAGGAACCGAGAUGAGCAUCACUAGGCUAUCAAAUAAACAGCACACUUACCGUUUCAAUACAGGGAUGGUUACCGUUACCCGUCUCAUAAACUCCACACUAAGAGUCCAGAGACUGAAGAGAUAAUCACCAGGAAAGGAUCCUUCCAGAACACACAUAGGGAUCUAAUCUGCAGAGAGUGUGUGUGUGUGAGGAGGCCGUGUGGUGUUUGUUCUUAACCCCCUCCACCCCUCCACUCCUUACCCACAAUCGUGUUCUCCAACCUCCCUUACCCCCUGACCCCUAACCCCCAGCCAUGAUGUCGGGGAAGGGGAAGGCUAGCCCGCGUCACCGGCCAUGGUCCGUGUACCGGGCUAACACCUUUGACCUCUCAGCUGAGAUGAUGGGGCUGACUCUGGCAGGUAACAGUCAGGACCCAGAUGAGCCAGUGCUGGAGUUCAGCCUGGCAUGCAGUGAGCUGAUCACCCCAGCAUUGGACCGUAAACCGACCAGCUUUGUGGCGGUCAGCUGUACCACUCCUCCCCAGGCCUUCUGGACCAAACAUGCUCAGACAGAGAUCAUAGAGGGUACUAGUAAUCCUAUCUAUCUGAGCAGUAUAGCGUUCUUCCAGGACUCUCUGAUCACUCAGCAGACCCAGGUCAAGCUAUCUGUGUACGACGUCAAGGACCGCUCCCAGGGCACGAUGUACCUGCUAGGGUCAGCCAUGUUCCCUGUGAAGGAGCUGCUGCAGGACAAACACCACAGACUCCACCUCACCCUCAGGUCAGCGGAGAACGAGCGCAUGGGCAACAUCACCAUCAUCGCCUGGCAGAUAGAGGAGAGGAGGGAGCAGAGAGCCCCUGUCGCCCGGCAGGACACCAUCAAUGGCAGGAUGGUUCUUCCAGUGGAUGACAGCCUGACUGAGUCCGUGAACAUCAGGGCCAAGUCUGCGUCUCUGUGCAAAGACACACUGCUGAAGGCUGUGUUUGGUGGCACCAUGUCUCGUAUGUACCGUUUCCCCACCACGGACGGGAACCACCUACGUAUCCUGGAGCAGAUGGCUGAGAGUGUCCUCUCUCUACACAUCCCUCGGCAGUUUGUCAAACUACUGCUGGAGGAGGACGCUGUCAGGGUGUGUGAACUGGAGGAGUUGGGGGAGUUGUCUCCAUGUUGGGAGAACCUGCGGAGGGAGAUUAUUGCUCAGUACCAGACCAUCAUCCUCAGCUACCAGGAGACCAUCGGCGACCUACACGAAUAUAAAGGUCCCUCCUUUAAGUCCAGUACUCUGAAAGCAGAGAAGAAGCUGGAGUUUAUCCCCACUAACCUACACGUCCAGAGGAUGAGAGUACAAGGAGAGUCUGGCUAUGACAGGACCUAUGACGUAGUGACUAUAGGUGCUCCAGCAGCCCACCACCAAGGCUUUAAGCACUGUGGUCUCCGGAAACUCAUCCACAAGUUUGAGGAGGCUAGGAAACACGCAUAUGAGGAGGAAUGCAGUGCUGGGUCUGGCUCUAAGCCGGUGGCCUACCUGCCUCAGGAUGUGGUAAGAGCGAAGGAGCUGAUUGGUCAGAUCAACACCUUGAAGACCCAGGUGUGCUACUACACCGAACGUUUGUCCCGCGCUGCCAAGGAACGCUCAGCCAACGCUCUGGAGAGAACCCUCGCCAUCCUCUCUGAGAAGACUCGUCAGUUGGUGACAGUUUGUGACUCUAAGCUGCUGUCCUCUGCCAUCCUGGCCCUCUCUGCCGCCCGUCCAGAAUACAUUUCCCAGAAGGGCACUCCCUCCCCCUCAUCCCUCACUCCUUCACCCUCUCCAUCCCGCUCUCCCUCUCGCCACACUACCUCCCCCUCUCACCACUCUACCUCCCCCUCUCGCCACUCCAUCUCCCCUCGCCACUCCGUAUACCAGGAAGGAGAGGGGGGGAGAGACAAGCGCUCCUCCCUACAGGCUGACUGGCAUGAGGAGAACUGGGGGAAGGUAUGGUUGAAUGUGGAUAAGAGUCUGGACUGUGUGAUCCAGAGGGUGGACAGACUGCUGGCCAAAGACAGGCUGCAGAGUGACAGCAGCAGUGAGGAUGUGUUCCUGGACGCUCAGCAGCAGACCAAUGUCACUACUAAGAAAGGUAUCCAUGGAAACAGAGAAGUCUUCUGGAUACACCCAGAAUCGUCAUCUUCAUCUCGUUCUUCUUCUCUUCCUCCAUCAUCAUCAUCCUCAUUGUCAUCAUUCCCUAAUCUGACCAUCACAUGUCAGUCAAACCAUGAAAGACAACAGCACUACAGCAGCCCAGAUGUAGAAAAGGAAAAGCCCUCCCCAGGUGAAUGGAUUGAGGCCUUGUACCCUCUCCUGACUACCCUGUCAGAGUGUGUGUCUCUGAUGAGUGACAAGGCUAAGAAGUCCAUGGUGUUCCUCCUAAUGCAGGACAGUGCUCCCACCAUCGCCAUGAGCCUCACGCUACAGUACAGGAGAGAUGUGGUCUUCUGCCAGACGCUGUCAGCUCUGAUCUGUGGUUUCAUCAUCAAGCUGAGGAACUGUCUCCAUGACGAUGGCUUCCUCAGGCAGCUCCACAUCAUCGGCCUGCUAGUCCAGUAUGAGGGCCUGCUCAGCACCUACGGGGAGGAGCUGGCCAUGUUGGAGGACAUGAGUGUUGGUGUGAUGGACCUGCGAAAUGUCACUUUUAAGGUUACCCAGGCAACCUCGGUCUUCGGCCCAGAUAUGUUGCCUGUCAUCACCGGGAACCGGGACGGCUUCAACGUCAGGGUUCCGUUACCAGCAGCGAUGUUUGAUGCGUUGCCGCGGGAGAUCCAGAAUGGAAUGCUGCUGAGGGUUCAGCCUGUUCUCUUCAAUGUGGGAAUCAAUGAACAGCAGACACUGGCCGAGAAGUUUGGAGACACGUCUCUCCAGGAGGGGAUUAACAUGGAGAAUAUGGCUCGUCUCAGCUCAUACUAUGACCAGUUUAAAGAGGUCCUACCUGAGGACUGCCUCCCUUGUAUCCGUAGUCAGACCAGCCUGCCUGAGCUGCUAAAGCUGCUGAGUCAGAACAUCAACGCCAGGAAGAGCAAGAACGUAGAGAUCCUGUGGCAGGCAGCGGAGGCUUGUCGGCGUCUGAACGGAGUGCGUUUUACCAGCUGUAAGAGUGCUAAAGACCGUACAGCCAUGUCUCUAACCCUGGAGCAGUGUCUCAUCCUCCAGCAGGAGCACGGACUGGCCCCACAGGUCUUCUCCCAGGCCCUUGACUGCAUGCGCAGUGAGGGCUGCAGACGAGAGAACACCAUGAAGAAUGUAGGAUGCCGUAAAUACGCCUUCAACUCCCUCCAGCUGAAGGCCUUUCCAAAACAGUACCGCCCACCUGAGGGCACCUAUGGGAAAGUAGAGACCUGAUUGGACAGACCAGCUGCCCAUCUCUUAAAGUAGCCAAUAGAAGGGGAAAUGGACUAAAUAACAUCAACAACAACAACAUAAAAGAAAAACAACAUCACAAAAGCAACUACCCCUACAGUGAGG